AUGCAGGCAUUGGCUGGAGGGGGGAACCCAGCUCCUGUUGGAACAGAUCCAUCGGGAGGGACUCAGAUGAUGAUGGACCCAGCUGCGAUGGCAGUUGAGGAGAUCAGAAAGCGGGUGAUGCGGGAGGCAGAGGAAGCUUUCGCCAAGGAGGUGAGAAGGCUUCAAGGUCAGACCGAGGAAACCCAAUCGUACCAGUCAGCAUCCAGUGGAGCUGGACAGGGACAGGCCGUGGUUGGCCAGGCCUUGGGAACUUCUCAGCCGUUGGGAGGAGUCGGUGGAAUGCCGUCCCCACCUCCAGGGAUUGAUCCGGGAUUCCAAAGAAGGAAUCAAGCUGGGCUAGCUCAGCCGGGACCAUCUCUGACUGAGGCUUUGAGGGCCCUGGAGCUACCAAAGCUUCCCACACCGGGAAGUGAAGGUGCGUCCAUCCAGUUCGGGGAUUGGAUGACUGUGGUGCAUCCACUGAUGAGUGAUCUUUCUGGAAGUGCUGGAGAAUGGUGGAGUCUGACAGUGAAAACUGUGGAACACCACUAUCAGCAGUGGCUGGUUGCCACGCCGCUGGAGAAGCUGCGCAUGAAACCAGGAUCACCAGUGAUCGGUGAAGGCUACGCAAGACUGGAACAGCGGUCAGUAUCCAUGUUGCUAGCUGCUUUGCCAGAAGGUUUGCGACAGGACGUCAUAGCAUCGCGGCGUCUCUCGACGGUCGGGAUUCUGUUCCGAUUGUUUACCACCUUUCAACCUGGUGGUUCGGGUGAAAGGACAGGAUUGAUCAAGUCCAUCAGCGAGGCCAAGGUGCCAGCAGGUUUGGUGGAACUGCUGGGGUCCGUUCGGCAAUGGCGCCGAUCAGUGGGAAGGUCGGAGGAGCUGAGUGUAACAGUGGAUCCUCUGGUUCUGACAGGUGUGUUGUCGAAGUUCGCUGACGGAGCUUCAAAAUUGGGUGGAAGUCAGGUGGCAUUCCGCUUGGCGACCAUGCGCCAACAGCUGGACGUAGAUAGAGCUCCAAGCCUUGGUUCGGUCAAGGAAUGGGCCGAGUACAUCCAAGCUGAGCUGGAAGAGUUGGCUAAUGCGCAGACUGCUGGGAAGGCGACGCCGUCGAAUCCGCCUGCGUUGGCUCCGGUGCUGACGCAGGGGAAUCCGGCUGUCAAGGCCUUCACGGGGGAAGGGCAGAAGCCAUGGGAGAGGCCAGAAGGUGAGAAAGCGCCGUGUCGUUUCUGGGGCACUGACGAAGGGUGUCGCAGGGGUGAGAAGUGCGGUUUCGCACACGCCUGGGGAACGUUGGAGAAAUCCUCAAGGUGCUUGUUUUGCUCAUCAACAGGCCACCGUAAAAGGGAUUGUCCCACAGCCAAGCCUAAAGAUGGAAAUGGCUGGACACAGAAAGGUGACCGGAAGGUCGCUAAGGUCCUCAAUAAGAAAGGGGAGAAGAGCACUGAGAAGGAGAGCCAAAAAGAGUCAACAGUAGUGAAGGAGGCAGCGGAGGAAAAUCCGCAACCGGAAAAAAGAUCUGAGGGUUCCCAGCCCAAGCAGGAAGGUGACUUGGUGCAGAACCUCAACGGUCUGGUUAAGUCCAUGACGUCGAUCAAAUCGGUAUUCAUCAAGACGGUGAAAAUGGACGAGGAGUGCGGAGGAGAGUACGCCUUGCUAGAUGGGGGGGCGACUCACGCUUUGCGACAGGCGAAGAGCUCCGAAGUUCCGCAUCUUUGGCCAGUCCAAGUUGAAAUGGCGAUGGGAAGUGUCACGCUCUAUCGGUGCGCAGCGCACAAUACGCUGUUGGCACUGGAUAACGUGGAACCCAUAAUUCCAUUGCGGCUGCUAGUAGAUCACGGAUUCAAGAUCGACUGGCAGAAGGAUCGCUGUGACAUCUCACACCCGAAACAUGGGAACCUGCAGUGUGUCAGACGCCAAGGGUGUCCAGUGAUGGACAGAAGUGAAGCCUUGAGUCUCUUGGAGUCACUUGAGAAUGGUGGAGUGGGAGACUACUGUGAGCCACCGGCUCAGGAGAUCGAAUGGUGGAAGGAGAAGUAUCCACAGGUCCCUGAGAGAAUCUGGUCUUUGAUGAGGGGCCAAGGGCUGAACUGGGAAGAAAUUGCCUCCCCUUUGCCUUGGAAUAGGGCAAAGCGGAGGAGGUUGGAAAGAGCUCGAGGUGGUGUGGUGAUCCAUCUUUUCUCUGGGUCCGGGGGAGAAUCCAGGAGAUGGCGGGAUCUCACGGGAUCAGACACCGAGGUGCUGACCGUUGACAUCUCAUCGAACGCUCAAGAAGAUCUACACGCCGCUGGGGUGUGGGCGUAUCUGUGGGGAUUGGCUGAAAGGGGCCGGAUCCGGAUGAUAACCGCCGGACCGCCAUGCAGGACAGUGAGUCGUCUUAGGCAUAAGAUCCCAGGUCCUCGCCCUUUGCGUGGCAGAAGGAAUCACAGAUUCGCUUUGGAUGAUCUAACUGAAAGAGAAAUGACAAAGGUGGAUGGAGAUACCGCCCUGUGGUUGAAAACUCUCGGUCUCUAUGAGAAAUCUCGAGAGGGAAUGGUGGCGAAUGGCAUUCUGGGUCAGUGUGGUCUUCUGGUGGAAAGUCCCCAAGAUCCAUGCGAGUAUAUGGAAGAUGGGAAAGAGUAUCCGUCCUUCUGGGAAUGGGAGGAAACAGAAGAUUUCUUGAAACGAAACCCAGACAUGUUCAAGGUCAGGGUGGAUCAAGGGGCUCUAGGGCACCCACGCCCCAAACCCACAACGCUUCUGACCAACAUAGUCCAGCUGAAGGAACUUGAUGGGAUUACCUCGAAGGAAUCUGGAGAGAGUGUGUGCAUGGAUCUCCGGGAGCGGCUGAAGCAGACGGCUUCUUGGUCUGCAUGGGCUCCAGGUCUGAUGGCUGCUCUCAAGAUUGUGAUACCCAAAUUUCUGGCGAGCCAGGCUCAGCAACCGAUGCUGAGCAAGUUGGACUUAGCGGGAUGGAAGAAGCAUCUGCAGGCACAACACGUGCCAUACCGGCGGGACUGUAAGGUCUGCUUGGAAACCAUGGGCUCGGCUGAGCCACAUCGCCGAAAGAGGGGUCAAGAAUCCGCCUUUGUGAUGUCUGUAGACAUCUGUGGUCCGUUCAAAAAGGGCACCGACCUUGGUGUCUCCAAACGCAGAAAGGUAAAGUAUGCCUUGCUGGCGACUAUCCCUGUGCCUCAGUGGCCAAGUCCGGGGGAGAAGGAGGAUUCCACGGCGGCGGUGGAACCUCAAAAGGAAGAAGUUGUUCCCGAAGCUGAGGAAGUGGAAGCCUCUGGGGAGCUUCUCUUGGAUCCAGAGCCCAGGGAUCUGAUCCCAGAGGAAGAAGCCCGGAAGAGAAACCAGGCGUGGGAAGAGUUCGUCAAAAAGGAAGUCAAGGAGAUAUCCAAGGAUGUUCCAGUGGUGAACAUCACCUUCAUGGAGCCACUUGCGUCUCGUCACCAGAAUGAAAUUACAAAGGCACUGUCCAAAGUGCAUGCCCGGGCGAAGAGCCUUGGCAUACCCAUUUACCGUGUGCACUCUGAUCGGGAGCGAUCUUUCACAACCAAUCACGUGGCCAAGUGGUGCGAAAUGCGCCAGGUCCAUCAAACUUUCAAUGCAGGCGAUGAGCCUGAAGCCAAUGGACGAAUUGAAGGGGAAAUCAACCAAUUCAAGCGUCGACUUCGCCUUUUGUUGGCAGAAACGGGAGUGAGUCAUGACUACUGGCCAUGCGCGGCCCGACACGGAGUCGAGGAACGAUUGCGUGCCCAAAUGAGAAAGUUGGGGGCCAAGUGUAAGGAGAUGCCACCCUUUGCUGUGUUGGCUCAGGUUAAGGCCAAACUGUGGCAUCGUCGAAAAGAAGGGGCGUUGUCAUCCCCUUACAAGACGCUUCGAAUUAUGGGCCCUUCACCUCAGAUGACUAACGGUUGGGUUGCUCCUGAUGAAGAAGCCAACCUUGUGCAGCACGCACGGUCCGUGUUCAUUCCUGAUCCUCUUGGAGAAACAGCUCGUUUGGAGCUGGAAACGGUCGAUGAUCCCAAGGAUCCUCCCAAAAGACGUCUCAACGGGAAGCAGCCACUGGUUGUGGAGGUUUCCAAGAUCCCUUUACCACCUCCUCGGGAGGACCGUGAACUUGAGUCCUUGUUGGCUGUGGCCGACGCUGAGGAAGAAGAUGGGUAUGAGCCCUCUAUCUUGUCUGACUCUGAGUUGGUUCCACCUGAGGCAGAAUUGGGAUUGCCAGCUCUCAUGGCCUUACGAGCUGGGGGGGAGUCUCUUGUGGAUGGAACUCAACUUGAAGGUUGGGGGGAGAUCGAAAAGACGGAAGUAGAGGAGUAUGUGAAUGAGCUCCGCUACCAGCACUGGAAUCUGAGAAAACUUCUGCAGGAACAGGUGAAUGCAGUCGCUGGAACAGAAGAAGAAGGUGCGGCGCAAGGACAAGUCGUGCAACACGUGAGUACCCAAGUGAGAUGGCUGGAAAGUGAAUUGGAGCAUUAUUCCCGGAUCGAAGAAGAAGGUGCCAAGGUGGAGGCAUUGGAAGCUGAAGAGUGUGAGAGACAUGCCCGAAUCGCAGCUUUGUCGACGGAUGGCCAACCAGGGGAUGAGAACCAAGGUGUGAGCAGGCCCCCGACGGUCUUGCAAACCUACACAAUCCCCUUGACGAUGGUAAAGCGGGAUAUGGAAUCCUGGAUUGAACCAAUUAAGGCCGAGUACAACCAGCUUGUGUAUGAAAGCCAGGCGGUGAAACCGGUUAAGCUUAGUGAGUUGGAGGCUCACGAGGAUGGCAACAAGACUCAGGCGACUCCAGUGACGGCAGCGGACUUGUACGCUGGAGGAGCUGAUGCCACCGCCAUUCGAUGCAUGGUCAGAAAGACCGCCAUGAUAGAUGGGUGGGACAUGGGAGUCCUAGAUAUCAAGGGCGCGUUCUUGCUUGCCCCACGCCGAAGGGAGCAGGAGUGCCUGAUGAUGACCAUCCCAUCGAAGCUGCUGGUGCAGGCUGGGAUCUGUCCGCCGGAAGAGAGGUGGGUGAUCCAAAAGGCGAUGUACGGCCUGGAGACCAGUCCGGCCGACUGGAGUAGCUUCCGCGACCAAAGGGUCAAGAAAUUUGAGUGGAGCUCAAACGGUAGGUCGUUCUGGAUGCGUCAAACGGUCGAACCAAAUGUCUGGCAACUCGUGUCGAGCGAGGAGCCAGGAAGAGCGGACUCGGAUGAACGGGUAGAAGGUUUUUGUACCUUCUAUGUCGAUGAUGUCCUGGUCUGUGGACCAACCGAAGUAAUCAAGGGAUGUCUGAACCGAAUAAACCAGGAGUGGAACUGCUCCGAAGCGGAGUACCUCUCAGAAAAGGGAAUGUUGAGAUUCUGUGGGAUGGAGUUGAAGCUGCACCCGUUUGCAGGGCUCUACGACAUGGCUGAGCCGGAGGACCUGGAGACCUUGAAGAAGAUUGGUGCACAGGUUUUCAACUCCGGUGUGACUGUUGCCGGGUUCAGGAACUACUGCCCUUCGGGCUGCCCCAACGUCCGGGCGCUCCGUGCUGAAGCCAUGGCGACCAGCGUUGCUGAUGCUGGUGGCGAGGGUGGAGAUGGUCCUGGUGAUGGUGGAGAUGAUCGUAAGCCGUGGCCGAAGAGCUCCAUGUACGAUGACAUCUACACCGGGGAGAAAAAGAAAAGGAAGAGAAAGAAGAAAAACAAGGCCGCGAAGGCUGAUCAAAGUGAAGAGAAGGGCCCAAGUGCAGAGGCCUUUGAUGAAGAAGAGAAGGAAGAUGAGUGGCCGAGCUGGGAAAACAGAAAGCUUGAGGAGUCCGAGGAAACAGUCGCAGGGGAGCCAGGGCCUGUGACGUUGAUGCAGGCUACUCCGAAGACAGCGACGAGUGCUGCUCCGCUACCAGCUCCUCUACCUCCUCAAGACAACGAACCUACUGGCGAAGAGGUUCCGACUGCGACGGGCAGUCAGCCAGCCUCUUCUCAGGGGCCUGAGAACCCAGAUGGAACCACUUACACUGUCCGUGGUCAUGGUCGCCGCGACAUUGAGUCAGGCUUCUUUUGGGGAGGCGAAAAGAUCGUGGUAUCCUUCGUGAAUGCGGAUGGUGACCUGGAAAUUCGCAGAGGUGACGGUCUGAUCGAGAUCCGUCCCCUUGCUGAGCCAGAAGGAAAAGGGAAAGGAAAGAACGGGCCAGAGGUCAUCAGCUCUGGUGAAGAGAAUGAAGAAGCGAACAGCGACCCAACUGGUCCCAAAGGAAAAGGAAAACCCGUUCCCGAACCUCUGCUACCACCGAGUCGAGGCAGCGUGGGUUCUUCAACUGCCAGUGGCGAUGGCCUUGGAUCUUCAACCGACCGACCAGCUCCUAGUGGAGAUCGCCGGCAGUCUUUGGGAAAAGGAAAAGGCCAGGGGAAGACUCCGGGCGCCGCUGAGGAUGACGAGGAUGAUUCCUGGGGAAAAUGGACUUCUCAGGGUUUGCAUGGAGCUGGAGAACCGGAAGGCGAGCCUCCAGCUGAAGACCAUCCACCUGAUGAGGAAGAAAAUGAGGACUAUGACAUCCAUGCGAGAAAGGACCUGGAUGAUGGCUCGGGAACCAAGCGUCCUCCGCCUGAUGGUGGGUCCUACAGCAUGAAGGCUAUGCGAGUCACUGUGGAUGCGGCCAUGGCACCGUGGGAACUACCUGAGUUCUCGACGCCUCCGCCGACUGGGAAGAAGGACAGAUGGGAAAGUUCCUGGAUCCAACGUGGAUGGCUUGUUAGAGUCCACAGGGAUCCAAGGAAACGCACUUUCCAGCCCAUCCACCGUGCCUCUCCGGUUGCAGGUGGAGAUCUUCUUCCUCUACGUGUGACUGUGGGCUUCGAGGAGGACACCAACCGCCGCUUUGUCAAGACGGACCGCUGGGAUGUGGAGCCAGUGAACCCCGCUACUUCAAGGUGGACUGGGUGGACCUUCUUCCGCCUCAAGAAUGAAACUGGGACCGUGCAUGAUCGCACUGUGUCUCGGAGCUCUGGUGAUGAUGCUCGUGGAGAAGGGCAUCGUUUUCACCUACCUGAACGUGACGGAGCUGGAGGACCGCAUGAUCGUGGUGAGCUUCAGCCUGCAGUUUUGAGGUUGCCUGAUGGAGCCGAGGGGCAUCUUGGGCUUCUUCCUGACCUACCUGGUGGGGAAGAGAACCGUGUUGAUGUGAGCCGGGCGGCUACGGCGAAGUCCUACGCUCCGCUCCCAACACCAAGAGCACCUGCGGUGAGGCCAAAAGCACAGACUUCAGCUGGUCGACGAGCUCAACCGGUUUUGGCUGAUCUUCAGCGUAGGGAUGGCCUACCUCCUGCCGAAGAGGAACUGAGCGAUGGCGGCAGCUGGAGUGAGGACCAGAACACCAUCGAACAGCUGAUGCAUCAGAAGUUCGAAAUCGAGCAGGAAUACCAGGUGGCACAAGAUCGUGAGAUGAUGCUGCAGAUUCAGAUCUCAGAGUUGGACCACGAUCGCACGGAGAAGCAGGAACAGCUCAGAGAAAAGGAGAUCGAACGGGAAAAGGAGGCCUUGCCCAAAUUGCAAAGAGCAAGGGAAGAGAUCGAGCUCAUCAACAAGGAAUCGGAGGUGCUGAAGACGCGGAAGGAGAGCUACCAAGAGAAAUUGGAGGAAUACAAUUCCCGCCUCAAGGAGGUGGAGCAGGAGAUGGAGAACAACCGUGACAUUUGCAAGGUCUAUGAUUCGGAGCUCAACAAGAUCAAAGAAGAUCCCGAGCGCAUCCAAAAGCAGGCCCCUCCUCGCUGCUGGGGACAUGAAAACCCCGAACAUCACCAGUAA